AUGCGUUCUACUUCCGCAAUCCUCCUCUUCACAACCCUGUUGGCACCUUUCGUGGCCGCAGACCUCCACAACGCCGGUAUCUGCGUUGACUACAAGGGAGGUGUCGCGGUUUACAACGAAGCCGCAACCAAAGCCGCAUGCGGUAACUACAAAGCACGAAACACUGGAAACAAGCAGUGGGAUCAGUGCCCGGACUGCGAGAUGAAAGUGACUGGCAACUUGAACGUCUGCUCCUCCCCAGCGUGGCACAUUGGGGGAGACGAACUGAACCAUUACUGCGAGAAGGUCAACGGUGCUGGAGGUUCGUUGGCAAACUAG